AUGUCAAAGAAGCAUGGCAUCCAUCUGAUCUACUUCUUGUUCUAUUACCUCUUGUUCUUAUCAGCGUUCCUCGUUGUUGUUGUUGUUGUACCUGUGAAUGCAUGGGAACAAACCCCUCAGCUUCUUGUUCUUCGUUCGACUUACCAACGACAUCCGACAUCAAUUGCCACCAAAUCUUACUCAGGCAGCAGAUGGAACCGCAGAUGGAACCGCUGUAGAGGAGUCAUCCCAUCAUCAUUACGGACGACACCAACCACUCUGCAUGCAUCAUCAUCUUGGACAGAGAUUCCUUCCAUUGUAGGUCCGUUCGACGCCAAGGCAUUUGCCGAGACGCAAUGUUGGGGUCAGACACCAUUGCUCCUCCAGCAUUCCUUUGGUGGGACGCAAGUGUUUUCGUGGAAGGACAUGUUGCAGCUGGCAAUGCAAGAUGAGUCAUCGUCUGUUACGUCUCGACUGAUCACACACCAGCCGGGAACCUUGGAUACCUUCAAACUCGACUUUGGCCCCUUUUCUGAAUUGGAAUUGAGUAACUUCUUGAUUGUCGACUCUGAUACUGAGGAACUUCGUGAUGAUCCUGACAAGAAUGAAAAAGAUGUGUUUAACCAAGUUUCAACCUUGGUUGUCAAUGAUGUGGAUCGUUGGAUCCCAUCCUUGUCCGACUGGAUGGAUAUUCAUUUCGGAUUCUUGCCCCGAUGGCGUCGGGAUGAUGCCCAAGUCAGUCUGGCCAGAAAGGGUGGAGGCAUUGGACCUCAUGUGGACAAUUAUGACGUCUUUCUGAUACAAGCCAGCGGCACUCGCACCUGGAAGGUGGGACUGGAAACUCUUUCGGUAAAAGAUGAGUUUGGCAACUUGGUGGAAGCCUCCGAAGUCCGAGUUUUGGAUCUAGAAGGACAACCAGCUGGUGAAUUUGUGACAAUCCAACUCGACCCAGGGGACUGCUUGUACUUACCUCCACGAGUCGUCCAUUGGGGAUCGGCAACGUCUGAUGAUUGCAUGACGCUAAGUGUCGGAUGUCGGGCACCCUCUGCAUCCGAACUUCUUCAGCGUAUCACCGAAUCCAUGUCGGACUCGUCUUCUAUCUUGGCAACCGCACGCUAUACUGACAUGGAGGAUAUAGCAAAUUGGUCCAAACAACAACAUGGCGGCAACCAAAAGGGUCUCUCUAAAAAGGUCAAGGACAAGAUGAAAAGGUUGGUGCUGGACUUGAUUGAGGAGCAAUUGGACGAUGAUGCUUUUUGGGACAAACUAGUGGGCGAGGUCGUCACGGAACCAAAUAGGCCUACCAUGGACUAUCCAAUACCCUUGUCUGAAAUGGACGAAGAGUGGAAAACUGAAUUGGGAAUAUGGGCGGAUUCAAAACAAGCUCUCGGGGGUGUCUUGGGUGGAACUGGAGUCUUGCGUCGUGCAGAAGGCAUUGCAUUUGCAUGGUCCGUCUUGGAGGAAAACGAAAAGAUGGGUCCUAUUAUGUUUGCGCAAGGAAGAUCAUUCCCGCUGAAUGAUAAUUCUGACGCUGCAUCACUUCUCCUAGAUAUGAUUGCCAAUGGAUUGCCGCUUAGUCGGCAACGAUUGGACGAGCAAGGAGUUGAAGUAUCAGAUACCAUGAAAUCCUUUCUUCUUGAGUUGAUUGAGGAGGGGUUGCUAUAUGGUGACGAUGACGAUGAUAAUAAUGACGAUGAUGAAUAUAUAUUAUAA